AUGCUGAACCAUCGCUCCAUAUCAAUCAUGCUCGUGCUCGCAGCGGUGGGAUCCGCCGCGACGGCAGGCGUCCGCCGACACGAUCGCGCCGAUGCGCUCUACCAGUCGCUUGCAAACGAAUCCCAGUUCCAGUCUGUCGCGAGUCUCUCGAUCAGUGCUCCAGGGAUCUCUCGAACAUGCUCAGGGACUCUGCUCAACUCCCAGUGGAUCCUGACGGCGGCGCAUUGCUUUGAAGGAGUCGAGAAUCCGAUCGCGUUCGCGAACGCGAACGGCUCGUUCGGGGUCGUUGAUCAGGUUGUGAUCAAUCCAGAAUGGACGGGUGAUCUCACGCAAGGCGGUGAUCUCGCACUCGUUCGAAUCUCAACCCCAAUCCUCAAUGUCCAGCCCGCGAUGCUGUACACAGGAUCCAACGAGCUCGGCGCUUUGGGUACAGGUGUUGGGUACGGAUUGGGUGGCAACGGGAUCAGUGGCAGUCAGAUCGGGACCGGCGGGAUCAAGCGAGCCGGGACCAACAUGAUCGACGCGUUUGGUGAUGAUCGUGGAUUCGAUCCGCGCAUUCUGCUGACCGAUUUCGAUCAUCCGACAAUGGCUGAUGAAUCCACCUACGGCUCCGUGAUCCCCACAGACCUCGAAUACCAGGUCGCAUCCGGAGAUUCCGGAGGGGCGCUGUUCAUCAUGGAAGACGGACAGUACUACCUCGCGGGUGUGACCUCGUUCGUCAACUCGACUGAUGGCGAUCCAGAUGGUGAUUACGGCGACAUGUCCGCGUACACACGCGUCAGUGCGUACACCGACUGGAUCAACUCCGUCAUCCCAGCACCAUCUGGAUUGCUGGCGCUGAGUGGGGGGAUGAUCGUCGCAACCCGAGUGGGGAAGUUCACCGCCGCACUCGCGUGGGCGAGCACAAUCUUGGAUCCCACCUCAGCACCAGAUUUAUCAGGGACGAUCGCUCCGGAUCCGCAAUCCUCGAGUCUACAUCUGAUCCAAGCGGGCACUCACCCCGAUCUGCAUGUCAUCCGCAAGGAGAUGGCGCGAUUCCACAAAGACGCGAACAUCCGCAACGCAAAGCUCGCGACUAUUCCCAAAGCAAUCGUUGAAGAACACCUGAUCAAUCCCGUCGCGCUCGCGUCCGCUUCAAACACCAACUCGAUUGCCUCGAAGGUGUUCAUCGUCGAUGAGAGCGAGUUGCUGAACAACACCACCCAGAACGCCAUCCUCAAGACACUCGAAGAACCACCCCCUGGCACUGUCAUUCUCUUGGUGACCUCAAACGAAGAUCGGUUGCUCCCGACGAUCCGUUCGCGUUGUCAGCGCGUCGCGUUUGUGCCGCUUGAUGAUGACGCAAUGCGCGCGUGGAUCGCGACGACUGACAUUCAGACCACUCCUGAGGAGCAUCAGUGGUUGCUGUCCUCAUGCAAUGGGUCUCCAGGCAGGUAUCAAGCCGCGCAUGAAGCAGGGGUCUUUGCGUGGGCAACCGAGCUCGAGCCACUAUUCCAGCAGUGCGAUCGCUCACAGUAUCCGCUCACGCUCGGACCUCGGAUGGCACAGCUCGUGGACGAUUGGGCGAAGGACUGGGUUAAGCAAGGCGACAAGCUCAACGAGAACAGAUCCAAGCUCGUCGCGAAUCAGCUCGGGGUUUCACACAUGCUCGGGCUGAUCGCAAAUCGCGCUCGAUCGCAACUGACCAAUCCAAGCAAAGCGCCUCAAGCACUUCACGCGAUUGAUAUGGUCGCAAGAGCACAGCAGGAGCUCAACACCAAUGUCCAGCUUCGAUUUGUGAUGGAUCACCUCGCGGCGGGACUCUCUGAUCCCACACGCGGCUCGAUCGUUGCGAGCAUCGGGAACAAUCCCGGCUUUACGAUCUUCAGCGAGUUUUUCCAUGAGCUGCGCCCAAGUCUCGCGUUCAUACUCAAGCAGUUCGAUGGAUUUCUUGAGCUUCUCAAGAUCUUUCUCGAUGCUUGCUUUGACCAGUUCGCCGUAGAUGAAGAUGAAGAUCCCACGCACAUUUUGUGCGAGCUCGGGAUCGGGACCAGGAUUGAUCGAGUUGGAGAGUUCGAGAACAAUGUUUCUACAGUUCGUGAAACCCUCGUAGAUUUUCUCGUAGUCUUUCUGCUCCAUGCCGUCCUUGGCCAUGUUUGCAAAGCGGAGUGCCCCAUCGAGCAGCAGCAUCCGGAGUUCCUCUGGACUCGCGGUCAUGACCUUCGUACGCAGAUACGCGUUGAUAUUCUGAGCGCCGUUUCCUGA